GGGCUGAGCCAGGCGGCAGAGAAGGUGCUGAGUCAGUUGUGAGAGUUGCGAGGUCAGUGCAGAGUCAAAAAAAAAAAAAAAAAAUCAAGGGGCUUCCCAGGGCACAAGGCAUCCUCGCUCCUUCCCCUCAUGACGCUGCUGCACCUGCUUCAUCUGACCAGCGGGCACUGGAGGCGGCGGCAGCCACAGCUGUGACUCGGGUGGCGGCGGGUGGCGCAGCAGCAGCCCUGCCAGCUCCCGCCCAGCUCUCAUUGAGAAAAGGGAACCGGAGCAGGAGGGGGAGGAGAGCUCCCUGCAAAGCCGCCUCGGAACAGCCAAGGAGACUCCUAGAAUGGGCACCGGACUCUUCUGACGUGGCGACUCCAUGGGGAGCUGGAAGAUGGCAGAGGAAAGGCAGACGCCUGCAGGGAGCAUCAAAGGCUGAGGGGUACCAUAAAAGGAACUGGGGAGUCCUUUGCGAGGAAUUGUCAUGCACUGGAAUGCGCUCUGGAGAAGGUGCCAAGGAUUUCUUCCCUUUUCUCUCAGAUGAAAGGAGCCACCCAGGACUGUCCUGAAGUACUCCCGAGAGGCCUUUUGGUCAUUGUUCCUCGUCCCCUAUGCACAGGGCUGUUUGCUGACCUUUCCAGAGGACUUUCUGUCCGGCUGAGAAGACAGUUCUUAAUAAACAAAAUGAAACAAUUCCUGCCGCGUGAAGGUAGUUGCAGCUUGCUUCUUGCAAUUCUUUUCCUGUGACAUUUUGGAAUGUCUGCAGAAACUUAAAACAAACAAACAACAACAGCAUCAACAACAAUAAAAAUCCUCAAAAGCCCCUGACAUAGGCAAAAGAAAAAGAAGGAGUAUAUUUUGUUUCGUUUCUUACCAAAAAGGAGUAAAUGAGAGGGUACCUUAACUCGGGACUUGGAUGAUCAAAACCCUGGAGUUCAGGGAUCAGCACUUCAGACUUGACACAUAAACAAACAUGAGGAGGAGUGCCUGUGGGCUUCCACACAGAGGCAGGUUUUAAGGAAGCCCUGGCCGGUCUCACAAUUUGGGGCCUGUAUGAUGCCUGAAGACCGAAAUUCGGGGGGACGCCCCUCAGGUGCAUCAACUCCUUUCAUCCCCAAAACUACAUACAGAAGAAUCAAACGGUGCUUUAGUUUCCGGAAAGGCAUAUUUGGACAGAAACUGGAAGACACUGUCCGAUAUGAAAAGAGAUAUGGGAACCGGCUGGCGCCCAUGCUGGUGGAGCAGUGCGUGGACUUCAUCCGACAGCGGGGGCUGAAGGAAGAGGGCCUUUUCCGACUGCCUGGCCAGGCCAACCUCGUCAAGGAGCUUCAGGAUGCAUUCGACUGUGGAGAGAAGCCCUCCUUUGACAGCACCACGGACGUCCACACUGUGGCGUCCCUCCUGAAACUGUAUCUCCGAGAACUUCCAGAACCCGUCAUUCCUUAUGCAAAGUAUGAAGACUUUUUGUCAUGUGCCACACUGCUCAGCAAGGAAGAGGAAGCAGGCGUUAAGGAACUAACAAAGCAAGUGAAGAGUUUGCCAGUGGUUAACUACAACCUCCUGAAGUAUAUUUGCAGGUUCCUGGAUGAAGUGCAGUCCUAUUCAGGAGUUAACAAGAUGAGCGCCCAGAACUUGGCAACUGUCUUUGGCCCUAACAUCCUGCGCCCGAAGGUGGAAGAUCCUUUGACCAUAAUGGAGGGCACUGUGGUGGUCCAGCAGUUGAUGUCAGUGAUGAUUAGUAAACACGACCAUCUCUUCCCCAAGGAUACAGAAUUACAAAGCAAGCCCCAAGACGGACUGAGUAUCAACAACAAUGAUAGCCAUAAGAAAGCCACGAUGGGUCAGUUACAGAACAAGGAAAAUAACAACACCAAAGAGAGCCCCGGCAGACGGUGCUCUUGGGACAAGUCUGAAUCCCCCCAGAGAGGCAGCGUGGACAAUGGAUCCCCCACAGCUCUAUCAAGCAGCAAAACCAACAGCCCGAGGAACAGUAUUCACAAGCUGGAUGUCUCCAGGAGCCCCCCUCUCAUGGUCAAAAAGAACCCAGCCUUCAACAAGGGUAGUGGGAUAGUCACCAACGGGUCAUUCAGCAGCAGUAAUGCGGAAGGUGUCGAGAAAACCCAAACCACCCCUAAUGGCAGUUUACAAGCCAGAAGGACCUCUUCCCUCAAGAGCUCUGGUACCAAAAUGGGCACUCACAGUGUGCAGAACGGAACCGUCCGCAUGGGCAUUUUGAACACUGACACGCUAGGGAACCCCUUGAACGGCCGAAGCAUGAGCUGGCUGCCCAAUGGCUACGUGACCCUGCGAGACAACAAACAGAAGGAGCAGAGCGCCGAGUCGGGCCAGCACAACAGGCUCUCCACCUACGACAACGUCCAUCAGCAGUUCUCCCUGGUGAGCCUCGACGACAAGCACAGCGUGGACAGCGCCACGUGGUCCACCUCCUCCUGUGAGAUCUCCCUCCCCGAGAACUCCAACUCCUGUCGCUCCUCCACCACCACCUGCCCAGAGCAGGACUUUUACGGGGGGAACUUCGAGGACCCCAUCUUAGACGGGGCCCCCCAGGACGACCUUUCUCAUCCCGGGGACUAUGAGAACAGAAGUGACCGCAGGAGUGUGGGUGGGCGAAGCAGCCGCGCCACCAGCAGCAGCGACAACAGCGAGACGUUCGUCGGCAACAACACCAGCAACCACAGUGCGCUUCACAGUUUAGUGUCCAGCCUGAAACAGGAAAUGACCAAGCAGAAGAUCGAAUACGAGUCCCGGAUAAAAAGCUUAGAACAGCGGAAUCUGACUUUGGAAACAGAGAUGCUGAGUCUCCACGAUGAACUGGAUCAAGAAAGGAAGAAGUUCACCAUGAUAGAAAUCAAGAUGAGAAAUGCUGAGCGAGCAAAGGAGGAUGCCGAGAAAAGGAACGACAUGCUUCAGAAGGAAAUGGAGCAGUUCUUCUCCACAUUUGGAGAUCUGACAGUGGAGCCCCGGAGAAGUGAGAGGGGAAACACCAUAUGGAUCCAGUGAGCCUUGCUCAACUGUCCUGGACCACUCCAGGGAGGAUGCUGGGAACUUGGGGUCAAACAGUAUGGGGGAACAGUGUGGGUUCAGGUGGCUGGUCUGUGUAGAGCUUCAUCCCGUGAGGAAAUCUCAUUUACAGACAUCACUAUCCAUAUCUACAGUGUGUACCAAAGUUCUGUCACGCUCCAUAAUGCUACUGUCAAGUGUUACAACUGGAUAUGUGUAUAGAAAGUAGUUUGUAAGAUGUCCACUAAUAGGAGGAAGCAUAUCUCAAUGAUUAUUUUGUUGCAAGUCCUGUAUUUAAAUGUUGAAUCAAUACGUUGUUGCAAUUCAGCUUGUAUUCAAGCUUCACCCCUUGCACUUAACAUAAGCUAUUUUUGGCAUCGUGUUAUCAUACGCUUAUUUUAUAGAUCAAUAUUUUUAUUUCCCCUUUUGCUGAUGAAAUGAAGAUAAGAAGAAAUAUAAAUAUAUAAAUAUAUAUAAGAUGAGUUAUUAAAGUCAAGAGAAUACUUUGUGGCUGUGCUGUUUGUGCCAGUAGACCUUGCCAUGACCAAAAAGAGAAAUGUAAAAAAAGUUUUAUAAAAUAUAGUAGAAUCACCAGA